AUGUCCGAGUCUUCUCGACCAUACUUUGAGACCGUCAAAUCAUUUGCAGACGUUCCCAUCACCCUUAAUGGUGUGGAAACCUCGGUCUUUCUCGAAGCCUCUGAAGGGCUCGUUCAAUUGUUCGAUUUGCUUGGCUCAGGUGUAUUCGGCUUUGGUGUACGGGCUCGAUACCAGGCGGAUUCUUCGAGUUGCUCCACCCUUGAGAAUCUCGUCAGAAGCGAAAUAUCAUUACAGGACCGACAUGGGACCGGCUGUUUGAUACGCCUGACCCGUGGUCUGACAUUCCUAUGUAGAGCUCUUCAGCACAUGCAGAAUGAGCCUUCGAUAGAGCUCCACGUGUGCUUCAAGCGUUCAUACGACGAAGUGUUGAAACACCAUCAUACGUUUUUCGUACGGUCUCUUGCCGCCGUUGCUGUUCGGGCUGCGCCGUAUCGCCGUGACUUCUAUACUCGUAUAUCGCAAGGUGCGCCCACGGAAAAAUUAGACGCGGAGCUAGCAAAAUGGCUGUCCGGACUUGAUGUAAUUGUGAAGCGCCUCAAGGGGUUCAUCGAGGUAGAAGGAUAUGGAAGGAUAUGA